UUUAUGUAUAUAUAUCGACGUUUAGUUAGUCAAAUAGAUUUUGACAAAUUUAUAGAAGAUUCAUGAUUUGUUAUUACUUCAAAGAAGAUAUAAAGUUAUAUUCUACAAGUACAAGGACUGUUUUUGUCAUUUUAUCCUUUAAGAUAUGGUUAUUUCAAAACAGCCCUCCUCAUUUUGGAAAACAUCAAAUCGACACCUUCCGAAAGUGGAGUAAGAAACCCUCCUAUAAAUAAACCAAUUUCCCUCCCAAUUUCCUCCUGCGUGUGUUAACUCCGCCAUUUAAUUUUCUUCAACUGCUACUUCACACACACACACACAUCACCUCCAUCUGAACUCUGAAGUAUGCUUGCCGGCGAAAACGACGGAUUUUCCGAUCGUGUUAAUGGCAUCAAGUCCACCCUACGUGUCGUCCCCGACUUCCCUAGACCAGGGAUACUAUUCCUAGACAUCACUACAUUGUUGCUCGAUCCAAAGGCCUUCAAAGACACAAUCGAUUUGUUCGUUGAGCGUUACAAACAGGAGAACAUCUCUGUAGUUGCAGGUAUUGAGGCUCGGGGUUUUAUGUUUGGUCCUGCAAUUGCACUGGCUAUAGGAGCCAAGUUUGUUCCUUUAAGGAAACCAAAAAAGUUGCCUGGUGAAGUGAUAUCAGAAAAAUACAUUUUGGAAUACGGAACAGAUUGUCUUGAAAUGCAUGUAGGUGCGGUUCAACCGGGAGAGCGGGCUCUUGUGGUUGAUGAUUUGGUGGCAACCGGUGGGACCCUUUGUGCUGCAAUCAACCUACUUGAGCGUGCUGGUGGCGUGGUUGUGGAGUGUGCUUGCGUGAUUGAAGUGCCGGAUUUAAAGGGUCGUGAGAGAUUAAAAUUGCAUGGGAAGCCGUUGUAUGUGCUUGUGGAGUCGAUGUUUGGACAAACAUGAUGGUGAUGAUGAUGAUGUGAUUUAUGGAAUCUGGGAGAAAGUGUAUAUUAGAGGGGUAUUAUCGGAAGAUGGUUUUUAGUAGUAAGCUUUUGAUGAUAAAAUCUCAUACACUGGGAGCGGAACACUUGCAUUUUUCUGUGUUUAGUGGUAGGGAAAUUUGGAUUCUUGGAAGGAAAAAUGUCGUUUUAAUUGGUGGUAUAUUUCAUAAAUGCAAAUUCGGUAUUUGGCUA